AUGUCGGUCAACGUACGCCCGAAGCCCGUGUCUCACCAAGUCCGUGCCACCCGCCUGGAACUUGUCGACCGCCUCGAGAAACAAUUAGCAAAUGCCAAGCAAUGGUAUGACUUUGACAACCCUCAAGACUAUCGAAAUGCACGAGCAGAAGGAACUCACGGUUUUGAUCGUCCAAAACUCAAUGACCAAGCCCGUUUGGCUUAUGCCACCGGACGUGACGGGCAGAGGAUUGAACUCCGCGUGAUUGGACCACCCGGACCCUCUAAAGGUGUUUUCCUCCACUUCCAUGCAGGUGGCUUUGUCAUUGGGAGCAAUGCUUCUUACGAUGGGUACCUGACGCGCCUCUCCGAAGCAUCCGGCCUCACCGUGGCGUCUGUCGAGUACCGCCUCGCGCCGGAGCAUCCAUUCCCCGCGGGUCGCGAUGACUGCGUGAACGCUGCUCUCUAUGCUCUUUCUGCCCGAGGCAUUAGUGAUCUUGGAGCUCCCUUGCGGGUACUCGGUGGAGAGUCAGCUGGCGCUUGGCUCGCCGUGGCAGUUGCGCUAGAAUUACGGGAUACGUAUGAGAUCGACGUCAAGUCACAAAUCGCUGCAAUAAUUGCUGGCUAUGGGAUAUAUGACUUGACAUACACGCCUUCUUUGCUGUCGCAUAACAGAAAUAUAGUCAUCAGUCGCGAGAUCAUGAUGAAGUUUUCUGAGGCGGCGUUUGGUCAUAUCCCGUUUGGUGAUAGAAAAAGACCUGACAUAUCACCGUUGUAUGCAGACUUGGGUGACCUGCCGCCGGUGCAUUUUCUCGUGGGGAAUGUUGAGCCGCUACUCGAUGAUAGUAUUUUUAUGGCUGCUAGGUGGAUCAACGCUGGGAGUGAAGCUGAGCUGCAUGUUGUUGAGGGUGCUUGCCAUGCCUUUACACUGAUUCCACUGGGCGAGGUCACCAAUAUCGGGAUUCAGGCAGUGGUGGAAUUCUUACAAGUGCAAUUGCACAGGUUUAAUACGGCAAAAUCAAUGGCUCAUAGUAGUUAGUCAAAGCCUUGAAUUUCGAAGCAGUCUGUUGAGAUAGCUACAGCAGAAAUAUACAUUCUAUG